AUGGCUCGCGGAAUUGAAUAUAAUGCAAAGCCCUAUGAUACCUCUCGACACGUUACUUUGGGUAAUAAGAGGCCAGAUGUUUGUUUGAUUCCAAAGAAUCUUGACAUUCAAGACGUAUCUCGAGUUGCGAGUGGUUUUAGUUCGAUAUUACAUUCUAUCAUUGAGGUGAAGCAUACUAAUAUUUCUAACUCCUCAGCACACGGCCAAGUGUUUUUUUAUUUGACAGAAAUUUUACGGAUUCAGAAAAACAGAAGAGAAGCAUUUGGAGCUCUUUCAACAUAUAAAUCAAUUAGAUUUGUAAAAGCAGAACGAGACGAAAAUCAGAUUCAUUAUUUCAUCACGGACUUAUUUCCUCUAUGCUCUCAUGAGAGCAAUGAUCAAAACUCUGAUGGUGUCCAAUAUCUCUCAAACAUGCUUCGUUUGCAUAUAGACAUUCCAACUCCAACUUUUUCUGUAAAAAUUCAUAGUUUUUUAGGAAUUGGCGCGACAUCUGUGGUCUAUGAAAUUACUGAUCCAAAUGAUCCAUCAUCAAAAAUCGCUAUGAAAUUAUGUACCUCCAUUGAUCGAAUGGUUGUCGAGAAAGAAAAGAAAAUAUUGAGAACUUUACACUCAAAAUUAUCAUCAGAAAGCAAAAAACACAUUCCUAAAAUUGUGUCUGAAGGAGAUGAAAAUACAUUGCUAAUGCCAAAAUAUACACAAUUAAUUAUUAACAAAUUAAUACCUAUUCCCUUUAACAAAUUAGCAUGCAUUGUAGAUUUGUUGAAAGAUGUUCACGAUGCAGGCUUUUUUCACAAAGAUAUUAGACCUGAAAAUAUUGUACAAACGACAGAAGUAGACUAUGAUCUCGUUUUGUUAGAUUGGGGAUUUGCAGAAGAAAAAUCAGAACAUUAUAAUGUUUCUUAUUUUCAAGGAACUGUUUCCUUUUGUGCUCAAGAUUAUGCAAAAGCAUUUAUUGAAAAACAUCCCAUCCCCUACCAGAAGAAAUUUGAUAUGGAAUGUUUGUUAAAAUGUUGUUUUUAUAUAUAUGAUGAGGAACUUCGUAAAUUAUUCAAUGAGAGUUCAAAGGACAAUAUAAACCUGGUAGAUAAAUUAAAAAUUUACAUGGAGAUCUGGAAGGAUUAUGCAGAAAGUAAUACGAUCUUCAGGACCGCUCUUCAAAAUUUGUCCUAUGAUAGUAUAAAACAAGCCUUGGAAUCUUUGCAACAGCAACAACAUUAA